GCGACGAAACCAGGAAAUAAAAGUAAACAACGCCGAGACAAGGAAGACAAAAAUGACAAGUAGCGUUAGUUUUUCCUCUUUAUUCCGAGUUUGCGGGCUUUGUGGGCAUAUGUUCACAAUGCAUGUCGGAUUCAUACCGCGAUAAGGACAGGCUGAAAAGUGAUUCAGCAAUGUUAGCCUUGAGAUCGUCCGAGGAGGAGUCCCCAGAGAUGGAGGACAUGGACACCUCAGAGCCGAACUGGUGCUGGUUCUACUUGGCUGAGUGUGGGGUGUGGCAUAUGUUUGAGAUUGAUCCCAGUGCGGCCUGCUCUGUGACCAGUGCUCAGAUCGAGCAGUGCUACAACAGGAACCAGCGGGGCGUCAUGGAGUUCUACACGGCUAAGUACACCUACAGACUGGACUUCUCAGCUAUGCGGCAAAUCAACGUAACAACGGGGAAGCAGCGGCCAAUCAAGCGUUCCCUCCAUUCUGCAACUGGUUUCAGGUUUAUUUGUGAUAAUCUUGCCUUGCCUGUUCCGUGUCACUGGGAGAGAAUCAAUACUGAUGAGCCCUAUCAGCUCGUUCAGCUUGGAAGAGACACAUACGAGUUUAAAGAAGUCGCCAGGUUGUAUGACAGGACCAUGGAUCAUCCAAUCAAAUGCAUUCAGAGGAUUCAGAACCUCGACUUAUGGGAGUUCUUCUGCAGGAAGAAAACCCAGUUGCGAAAAGUCAAGCGCACGCUGGACAUUGAGGAGCGGAUGCUGUUUCACGGCACAGGACACAGCAACAUACAAGCUAUAUGUACUUUUAACUUUGACUGGCGGCUCACAGGUAGCCAUGGCGAUGUCUAUGGCAAAGGGAGCUACUUUGCUCGGGAUGCUAAAUAUUCCAGUAAAUUCUGCCACACCACAGGGAAGCACAGCACCACCCUGCAGAGACACGGACUCGCCCCGCCAAUAUUUGCUUGCGAGCCGCCUUACAAGACAAUGUUUUUAGCCAGAGUGAUUGUUGGAGAAUACACAGUCGGACAUCCCAUGUACUGCAGACCGCCUUCCAAGGACGCCAGCUUCACCAACUUUUAUGACAGCUGCGUGGACGAUAUGGCCAACCCAAAGAUUUAUGUCAUUUUUGACAGCAAUCAGAUUUACCCAGAGUACCUGAUUGAGUUCUACUGAAAGUCUAAUAAGAAGAUGUAUACAAGGUUUUUGGUUGGAUUCCAAAUACUGAAAUAAUUUGGAUACAGAAUAAAAAAGAUGAGACAGAGUGGAGCAAAAUUGACAUUCUUCUUUCAGUCAGAUCCAGUGCCAAACUGGAGCACAGGUCAUCUAAAGUGCCUUUGGGGAAAUUGGAAAAUAAAGAAGACAGUCAAGGCUUUGUGUAGAGUCCGUAUACUGUAUGGUGCGUUUUCAAUGGGCUCUUGUGGUUGGAAUGCUUCGAUGCAGCAAACAAGGAUGAAGAAACGGACUGCAGACCAGUUUUUGUGGCAACGCUGUAGUAAGUGCAGAACCUGUGCUUGCUUGUGAAAUCUCUGUGCACAGUUUGUUUAGAAUAAGAAACCUGUAGGUCAUAGGGGAUGUCCUGCCAUCUGCCGCUGCACCUUCCUUCACAUCCACAGUGCCACGCAUGUGCUAAUUUACAAUUUAUGUCGAACAUGAUUCAAACUACAAAACCAAAAACCACGACGUGUUCCUGCUCUGUCAUAAAAAAAAAAGAUCCGUCAGUUGUCAACAUCUGUUGUACCUAGUACGAUGUAUUAUGUAGACAUGGAUUUUUCCUUUGUUUUCAUUCAAAAAAACGCUUCUACCUCUUCAUUUUUUGAACCAUGCAUUGUGCACUUUCCCCCCUUUCCAUGAAAGGUUUUCUAACUGUGUCACAAUGACAUAAAGUUGUGAUGUCGUGUUUUCUCGUGGUUCUCUAGCAAUAUGCUCAUAUGUGUAUAUUUUACGACCUCUGCCCUCGAAAAGACUCCAUGGCGCCUGAGGUUGGAAACAAAGUUCAUUUGAAGAUCCAUCCCAGCACCACGUUUGACUUAAAAUCAUCCGAGUGUGAUGUCACCACCUGCUUCUCUCUUUUUUUCAGGGAAUACGCAGGUUCUCUCUCCACCUGGUGUAAAUGUAACAGAAAAAAAAUGAAUGUAGCCAGCACAUGUAUAGUACUGUAAUGUAAAUUAGUCUUAUAUUGCUUUGCUGUGUGUGUUUGUUGAGUUAAUUCUAUGAAUUUGUGUGAUUCUGAGAAAGGAGAGUCAAUAAAGGACUUUAAGCUUUGUUUGCCACUAGGUGGUGCAACAGUACUAGAAUUGCAUUUUCCCAUUGCAAACGCAGACCUGUGAAGAGAUCUUCAGUCUUUACACCACAGCUGUGAGUGAGUGAGUGAGUGCAGAGCUGGAUGAAGCUAUACUCGUCUGUAAUUUCCACAUGUUACAGAUAAUAAACUUUUCAACAGAA